AUGGGUAAAACAAGAAGUAGUAAAUACGCCGAGCUAAAGAAGAUAUAUGAGUUCUCGUCGGAGAUGCUAACCAAGAUCUUCAAGGAACUUUCAGACCCCGAUAUACAUUCUUGUGUCUUGGUAAAUCGGGAAUGGUGCAGAGUUGGAUUACCGUUACUUUGGGAAGAUCCAUUAUCUUGGGGAGCUCCAAUAAUAGAAAUUUACUUGAACUUUCUGAGUACAGAACAAAGAUCUUCAAUAAGGAGAACUACUGUUAGUCUCAAUAAAGUCUCAAAUCACAUAUUUUGUUAUCCAGAUUUCAUCAAGAAACUCUCAUAUACCGAGCUACAUGAAGCAAUAUUUUCUUGGCUUAUUGAAA